AUGCCCCAGCAAGAGCCCUCACCCUGUUCUUCCUCUGCUCACGCAAUUUGUUGGCAGUCUCCUCAAUCAUGUCAUUUGAGACCACAGAAUCCCUCUUCCUCGGUACUACUUCCUUUUGAGCAGCUUGAUUUUCUGGUUCUUGCUUCUUUUUCUCGACCACUUCUUGCUCUUUUGCUUGAGAAGAAUCGCUCUUUCCAUUCUCUUGCUCCUUCAUGUUCAAAAUAUUGCUUACGGGUAGUUUCUCCGCAUCAUCUUUACUUGGUGGCUUCGGAUUUUUGCUCGGACCCCUUUUUUGAGAAGCAGAAUUUUUCUUCUCGGGAAUCGAAGAGAGUCGAGGAGAUGGUUGGGACUUGUGUUUUCCUUUCGGGUUUCGGGGCAUUGUCUCUGGACCUUAAGGAAUUAAUCGGGACUUGUCUCUUUUGGGCCGGCAGUGGAGUUUUGUCCCGGGGCCCAGUUGGCGGGUUAUGGGCCGAGACUUGUUUUUUCUGGGCCGGGAGUGGAGUUUUGUCCCGGGCCCCGGUUGGCGGGUUAUGGGCCGAGACUGGUUUUUUCUGGGCAGGGAGUGGAGUUUUGUCCCGGGCCCAAGUUGAUGGUUUUCGCGGAUUGGUUGAAUCGUUGCUGGUUGGGCCCAGUGAAAUGGGCCGGGCUCUGAUUGGAGUGUUUUUCCUUGGUGAGAUUAUUGGUUCAUGGUUUAGAGCAGUUGAGUUUGUUUUGGAAGAUUGUGGAAAUAACAAAGAGUGAAAGGGGCCAAAUCUUACUAUUUUAGGAAAGAAAACCGAUUUACUGUCAAACUUUCUCCAUUCUUGCACAUCAAUCAGUAAAAAUUGAUACUUCAUAAAUAAGAAAAGUUCCAAAAAAAAAUAUCUUCGACCGACCACAUUGUGGUCCGAACGUUCGUACUCAUGCAGGUGUGUUGAUUUUUGCGGUUUUAUUUGAAAUUCAUUGAUUUUGCUGAUGGCAUUGUAUGUUGAUAAAUGCAAAUGCAAAAUGUCCUUAGUAUAAGACAUAAUUUAUCAGAAAUUUAUUGACUUCUGAGUUCCUUCCGAA